AUGGAGAGCGUCACCAACGUCUCGCUCGGCUCCGGGUUCGCCGGCAAUGACAGCGGCGACUACGCCGACUUGGAAAACAUCUACGCGGCGGCAACCGACGUUUCAGCACCGCUGGCAUUUCAAGUUGGCACCGCUGUGGUAUACUCGCUGGUGCUCCUCGUUUGCGGGACGAACAACGCGUACCGCCUGGCCAGGGCCUUCCACCGGCCGCCAAGGAAGAGGCACAUCGUGGAGGCAAAUCUAAGGCUGGCGGAUUUCCUUCUAGUCGUCCUCGGCGUGCCUCUGAUGUUCCAGUACCACGCCGUGACGCCGUUCGGGUGGUACUGGGGCAGCGCCGCCUGUACCGCCUACACGUACGGCAAGGCUGCGCUGCAGGGAGUCGCCUCGCACCUGUUCCUCGUGCUGGAGAUCGACAGGUGCCAGGCUAUCUGCUGCAGUACCCGCACACACCGCCUGUCUACACCAAGAGCCUGUCUGGUCUGCCUGGUGGCCUGGCUGUUCUCCAUAGUGGCGUCCCUCCCCUUCGUCCUGUACUCCUUCAGUGUGCAGGACUCCUUCACCGGCACAGAGCUCUGUCUCACGAUCUGGCCGGCUGAUGCCUUGAAGAACUAUCAGAUCUACUCCACGGCCAUGCUGCUGACCCAGUGCGCGGUCCCCCUCCCUCCCUGUCCCUGGCCUGCAGUCUGCUGGUGCUGAAGAAGAUCUGGGGCCGCCGGUUCCCGAGCUGCCAGCCGGCCGUCCGCGGCAAGAUGUCCAGGAAGUCCAAGACCAAGGCGACCAUCCUCUUCUGCGUCGUCCUGUUCUUCUUCGCGUGCAUUACGCCGUCCUAUCUC